AUUGUGUUUGUGUUGACGGAUUAUCAUUAACCUCUUUAAAAUGUUGAGUUUUACUCUGUGUGCUCUGUGAUUUGUUGGCCAUGUCGUCUUCAGCGAUGAACAUCAGUGUUGGCGUGGAGUACCAGCCGCCUCAGGAGCUCCUGGCGUUUGCCAUGUUGUCUGUUGGCUUGAGCUUCUCCUUCCUCUACAUCAACAGCGUCCUGCUGUUCACUCUGAGGAGAAAGCCGGUGUUUUGUGACACGUCUCGUUACGUCCUGCUCUACCACCUCCUCUUUGGUGACACCGUUAAUCUGGCGGUGAGCAUCCUGCUCUACCUUCUGGCUUCUGCGCGCUUAAGAAUUCCGUUUUACGCUUGCACCGUCAUCGUGGUGGUGUCACUUUUCACAAACAUCUCUCCUCUCACCCUGGCCGUCAUGUCGCUGGAGAGGUUCGUGGCCGUUUGUUUUCCACUGAGGCAUUUGACCGUUUUCACCUCCAGAGUCACCGGCAUGGUCAUCGCAGUCGUGUGGAUCUUCAGUUUCAUCCACAUCCUCGUCCGAGUCUCCAUGCUGUUCUUCAUUCUCAUACAGACAUCCCUGAAUGUGCAGUUAAAUAGUUUCUGCUCCAAAGAGGAAGUUUUCUUUGCACCGGUCUUCAAACGUUUUGAGCAGGUCUUCUCUGGUUUUCUGUUUGUGCUGGUGGGUGCAGUGAUCCUGGCGUCGUACGUCGGCGUCUCGGUCAUAGCUCGGUCGGCCUCCACCGACAAAGCCUCGGCCAAGAAGGCUCUGCAGACUCUGCUGCUCCACUUAAUCCAGCUCAGCCUGAUCAUCACCUCCACCCUGUUCUCCACCAUCAUCCUAGCUGUGGGCCAGACGGUGGGGAGGUUGGUUCUGGUGAGGAUCUACAACAUAUGCUUUGUGUGUUUGAACGUUCUGCCGAGGUGUCUGAGUGCCCUCAUCUACGGCCUGAGAGACCGAACCAUCCGAGUCGUCCUCCUCCAGAACCUCUGCUUCCUCUGCAAACGCUCUCGUUUCCCCAACAAGAACCGACGCUUUUAAACGCAACGCGUCCUCAGUAAAGGUGUUUGAAAUGAGUGAAGUGACGAGGGGAAACUCACAUUGACUGUGAUAAGAUGUAGAACAGUGGAGUCAAACGUGGCAUGAAUUUGCAAAGUGUGAAAAUUACAAAGACUUUUAAGACUUUAACUGCAAUUUCUCUAUAAAAGUAAUGAGCUGUUGCUAAUUUGUUCACUGUUUUAGAAAGAGGACACGAGGACUAAACAGCUGAUGCAGAAAUGUUCAGGAAGUUAAACUUAUUCUUCAUAUUGUCCAUAAAAUGUUUUGUUAAAGUACAGUCAUUAUAUAUGGAGCUGUCUUCAUUUAUGUGUUGUUGUGUUAUCAUGUUACUUCAGAUGAAACUGAGCUGAAUGUGGGUCCUGAACUGUACAUUAUAAUGGUAAAUAUAGUCCAUGUCAUUUUCCCGAUAGAAAGCUCGUUGCCUCUUGGAUGAAGGUAUCUUUACUGAAGUUUAUGCCGUUUUACAAGGU